CACGCCCGGAGAGUAUAAAGCUCGGAGUGAGCGCGGCGCUCGGUGCACUGCGCUGGAGGCUCAGGUCUGCUGAGCGCUGCAUCGCCCGCUCGGGCCGGGUUGGAAGGACGCGGCGGAGGCGGCGGACAACAAUGGCGAGAGUGACCCGCGCGGGGCACAGCGUGCGAUGAAGCCGGGACGCGUCGUUUGAAAUUUCUUCGGCAAGCAUGGCAAGGAUCCGCAGUCUCGCAACGGCGCACUUUGCAAAGAUGACCUAGCGCUCGACAUCAUGGGACUCAUCCAGGAGCCGAACUCGCUCACGACGUGAAUGAAAACAGGGAAGGGAUUUCUGUGGGCUGCGCUUGUUUCCUUCUUCCAUACCUGGGCGGCUGCGAGCAGAGCGAGCGUGAAACUAUGAAUCUGGGCAAAGCGCUUCUGUUGCUCCUGCUCUCCACUUGCGUGACGAUGGUGCUGUCGCUCUCCACUUGCACCACCGUGGACAUUGACCACAUCAGGAAGAAGAGAGUGGAGGCGGUGCGCGGACAGAUCCUCAGCAAACUCCGGCUGACCAGCCCGCCCCAGAUCACGGGUCCGAGCCAGGUCCCCUUCCAGGUGCUGGCCCUCUACAACAGCACCAAGGAGCUGAUCGAGGAGCUGGGGCGGAACCGGCAGCAGAGCUGUGGACAGGAUAACACGGAGACCGAGUACUACGCGAAAGAGAUUUACAAGUUCAACAUGAUCAAUGGGCCGCCUGAAAACAAUGACCUCCUCUACUGCCCGAAGGGAAUCACCUCCAAAGUGUUCCGCUUCAACGUCUCCGCCAUGGAGAAGAACUCCACCAACUUGUUCCGGGCCGAGUUCCGAGCCCUGCGGAUCCCCAACGCCGCCGCCAAGAAGAGCGAGCAACGGAUCGAGCUCUACCAGAUCCUCCAGAAAGACGACCCCAAAGCCAAGCAGCGCUACAUCGGGGGCAAGAACGUCCUGACCAAGGGGACGUCCGAGUGGGUCUCUUUUGACGUUACGGAGACCGUGAGGGAGUGGCUCAUGUACAGACAGACCAACCUUGGUCUGGAGAUCAGCGUGCACUGUCCGUGUCACACCUUCAAGCCCAACGGGGACAUUAUCGAGAACGCUAACGAGGUGCUGGAGGUCAAGUUCAAAGGUAUGGAGCCAGACUUUGACGACCGCACCGUGAGGGAGCAGCUGUACCCCCAUCUCAUCCUCAUGAUGCUGCCCCCCCACAGGCUGGAUGCGCACUCCUCGUCUCGCAGGCGCAAGAGGGCACUUGACACCAAUUACUGCUUCAACAAUUACGAGGAGAACUGCUGUGUGCGAUCACUUUAUAUUAAUUUCCGCCAAGACUUGGGCUGGAGGUGGAUCCAUCAGCCUGAGGGCUACUACGCCAAUUUCUGCUCUGGUCCGUGUCCUUACCUACGCAGCGCUGACACCACACACAGCACGCUUCUGAGCCUCUACAACACCUUGAACCCAGAGGCGUCUGCCUCACCCUGCUGUGUCCCCCAGGACCUGGAGCCCCUCACCAUCCUCUACUACGUGGGCCGCUCGCCUAAAGUGGAGCAGUUGUCCAACAUGGUGGUCAAGUCCUGCAAGUGUAGCUAAGAGCCUUCAGGGACCUUAGAGACACCUUCCUGCACUACUCAGGAGCGGUCCGGGGGAGUUUGGGGAGGGUCUGCUGCCCCUGUUCUUCAGACUUGUCCUAGCUCCAUCUCACUAUUGAAAGCCCCACAGACAUUGGCAGCAUCUGGUCCAGUUUGACUGAUGUGGCUGCGCUAUCAAACCCAACAGACCUCUUGAUGAUCGUCACCCUUUGUUUUGUUUUGUCAUUUUUUAACCAUCUUUCUUAUGUUUUACUUAAUAUUCCAGCAUUUUUGAACAGCCUGUACCUCAGUGUAUUCUCAUCCUGUUUUUAUCUAAAGAGGAACGGAACAAAAAUUGUCUUGGAAUGACCACUGCAUUCUUAAGGACAAGAGAGGGUGGAAAAGAAAGAAAGAAAAAAAAAAACACGAGAGAAGAGAGACUGAACUCAGCAUGACAGGACACGUAGGACACGUUUGGAUGUCCGAGCUGGAAAGCGAUGCCGCGCUACACUGUGUAUUUAGGAUUAAAUAAAAAUGAUUUUAGGAAAA